AUCAGGAGAUUUAGAUGAGAAAACGAAAAGAUGGCUGAUCAUUGGGAUAUGCCUUCAAUCAAUUAUUUCUCCCAUGCUGAGAAAAUAUGUUGAUUCUAUUGUAAGAAACCUGUAUAAUUUAUUGGUAUCUAGCCACUCAAUCAAUACACAGGUUUAUCCUGGAUUUCUGGAGAAAUACCCAUCAACAAAUACACAUUCACUUAGUUAUGAUUCAAUCAACACAAACAGAAAUGUUCCAAAGAUUAAUAUCCGCAAAACAUGGAAAAAUAAUUACCAGAAAUAUGAUUACAAAGUAACAAGCCAUGUGGAUUUGUCAAAGUUGUUCCUAAAGCAUAGUAUGGCUCAAUAUUCAGCAAUUGACGAGUCAUGUGACUUAUCUGCACUUCUUAGUAUGGUCGUCAACAUCAGUUCAUUCCCGACAGCUGUACAAGCCAAUGCUGAAAAGAUAAGAGCAGACAUACGUAAUCCCUGGGCACAUUGUGACUUCAGAGAAUGGACUGCUACGAAAUAUACAGAUUCAUUCUAUUUAUUGGGACAACUUGUUAAGGACCUUCGACUUAGUAACAACGAGGAAAACAGUAUAUUGGGAGAACUCAACACGUGGGCAACAAAUGGUCAUAAUUUUCUGAGUGGAACAACUCUUGGUUUAGAGAUAGUAGAGGAAAUCAGUCAACAUACGCAUGUUCUCAGUGAAUAUGUUCAGACGUUGUGUUCAGAAACAGACAGCCAGUUUAUCAGAGUGCAAACAGAAUUAAAAGAUUUAGAAAACGGUUUACAGAAAAAGAUAAGUAAUUUAGAAAGGGUAUGUGAAAUUUACAAAUGAAUAUGUUACAAUAAAACUUCCCUUACACUACAGAAAGCUGUCUAGCUAGACUAUAGCUUCAUUUUUUUGGGGGUACAGUUUGACCAAAAAGAGAUAUUCCUAUCACUUGACACCAGUCAUUGCUUGUCGUUAGGAUUUU